UUCCGCACAGUGACCGGCAAUGAAUAUCUUUUGCAAUCAGAUAGUGAAGUUAUCAGCCAAGACUGGUAUCAAGCUAUCAAAGGAGUCAUCCGGAGGCUGUUCCGCACAGUGACCGGCAAUGAAUAUCUUUUGCAAUCAGAUAGUGAAGUUAUCAGCCAAGACUGGUAUCAAGCUAUCAAAGGAGUCAUCCGGAGGCUGGAUGAAGAGAAUCCUCUGGAUGAGCCUCUUCUGUAUCCCCUCUGCCGGGCAGGCAGUGCAGACCUGGUGGAUCUCAGCUACGACGAGGAAGAGGAAUUGGGGUGCCAAAAGAGUGAGACCUCGGCAGCACCUUCAAGUCCUGACAGAGUCUACAAGAAACGGGUCAAGAGCAAGCUGAGACGGUUCAUUGCCAAGCGGCCACCGCUGCGGAGUUUACAAGAAAAAGGACUGAUUCGAGACCAGGUCUUUGGCUGCCGCCUGGAAGCCCUGUGCCAUCGGGAAGGGGGCACAGUGCCACGCUUUGUUCAGCAGUGUGUGGAGGAAGUCGAACAGAGAGGUCUGGAUGUGGACGGUAUCUACAGAGUCAGUGGGAACUUGGCCGUUAUUCAGAAGCUGAGAUUCAUAGUUGAUCGUGAGCGAGCAGUGACAUCGGACGGUCGCUAUGUUUUUCCGGAGCAGCGUAGCCAAGAGGAUAAGUUGCGUCUUUCCGACCCUCAGUGGGACGAUGUGCACGUGAUCACUGGGGCCCUCAAGCUUUUCUUCCGGGAGCUCCCUGAACCUCUGAUACCAUACAGCCUUUUUGAUGAAUUCAUGGAUGCUGCCAAGUUGUCUGACCCGAAGGAAAAAGUAUCCAAGAUGGUGGGGCUGGUCCAGAGCCUCCCCCAAGCCAACCGGGACACCCUCCGUUAUUUACUGGAGCAUCUCCGCAAAGUGAUGGAGCACUCGGAUAUCAAUCGGAUGACCACGCAGAACAUCGGCAUCGUCUUUGGACCGACGCUGAUGCGACAUGAAUGUGACGUGGCCAGCCUGGUGGAGGGCAUGGUGUACCAGAACCAGGUGGUGGAGCUACUCCUGACUGAAUUUCCUUGCAUCUUUGUGGCCUCAGGCACUGAAUGACCUGCCUCUGUCCCUGACGACUGUACCCUGGAGGCACUCUGGAUCACAGACACUGUCGUCCUGGGGCAAGCAUUGACUCCACCAGGCUCCGUGCCGUCGCUACUGGCCCAGCUCAGCAUCUGUGACUUGUGCUGUUGGACCGGAGGGGGCUUUAGGCUGCCAGAGGGUCCUCUUUCAGGAACUUUAGCCUGAGUCAAACUUAGAAGCUGAGACCCCCUAGAGAAGAGGGCUCUCCAACUUUGUCAGUUCUCCCCGGCUUGAGCACCAUCUAUUUCAGCUUCCUCAAGUGCACCUAAGGCAAGACACAGAAGGUAUGACAGGAUGGGGCCAGUUCUUGCACAGUCCCUUGGGUGUGGAGUCUAUUGCUGAGCAACACGGUGGGAACAGGGGCCCGCCCCCCGGAACCCCCUUCGCCCAGCACCCUCCGUCAGCCUUGCCAGUAAGUUCCCCCAAAAUCUUCCAGCUCACAAGAUGCU